AUGGCUUCAAUUACUCAUCUACAACAAUGCCUCAACCAUUUCUAUGGGGCAUCAGGUUUGAGAGCUAACCAGGAAAAGAGCUCAAUUUUCUUUAGAGGAGUAACACAUUUGGCAAGUGAAGAGAUAGUGCAGAAAUUUGGAUAUUCCAGAGGAGAAUUACCAGUCAAGUACUUGGGAGUCCUAUUGUCCACCAAAAAGAUGUCCAUAGCUCAAUGGCAACCCCUCAUAGAGAAAAUGGUAGCAAGAAUCUCAUCAUGGACUGCAAAAAAGCUUUCCUAUGCUGGCCGAAUUCAGUUAGUUCAAUCUGUCCUAUUUGGCAUCCAAGCUUACUGGUCACAGUUAUUCCUGAUUCCUAGCAAAGUACUGAAGACAAUUGAAACAUAUUUUAGGAGCUAUGUAUGGUUAGGAGAAAAUGUCAUCACAAGAAGAUCUUUAGUGGCUUGGGAUAAAAUAUGUACACCUAAGAGUGCAGGUGGACUAAACUUAAUCAAUCUCAAAGUUUGGAACAGAGCAGCAACAGCAAAGAACUAUUGGGAUCUUGCCCACAAAUGUGACAAAAUGUGGAUCAAAUGGAUACAUGCUUAUUACAUAAAAGGGCAACAAAUCUCUGACAUGCCAAUACCACAGCAAGCUUCUUGGCUAGUCAGAAAGGUGGUGGAAGCAAGAAGUUUAGCGGAAGCAAUUCAAAUUCAGACAAGGAAUAACAAGAGCAUGAUUAGACAAAUAUACUACAAAAUGGUGGGCCAAUUGCCAAGAGUGGAAUGGAAGGUGGAUACAAAAUGUGUACUAUGCCAAUCAUGUGAUGAGAGCAGGAAUCAUAUGUUUGUUGAAUGCGAGUUCGCUAGGAGUAUAUGGAAGAGAUUGCUAAAACGGAUGCAAAGACAAUCUUUCUGGGCAACCUCAUGGGACCAGCAUUGGAAGUGGGCAAUAGAAAAUGCGAAAGGGAAAUCAAGCAGAGCAGCAAUUUUCAAAAUGGUAUAUGUAGAGGCAAUACAUACGAUCUGGAAUGAGCGAAACCUCAGGAUAUUUGAGAAGCAAAGCAGGGAAGCUGAAGAAUUAGCUAGAAAUGUUGCAUGUAUAUGCAAUGUAAGAGCGACAGAUCAAACUAGAACGUGCAGCAACUUAAAUUUUGAUUGA